AUGGAGGCCCUGCAGAGGCAGCAGGCAGCCCGCCUGGCCCAAGGGGUGGGGCCAUUGACCCCUCCACAUUCACUGCCACCACCACUACCUCCUUUACCUGGCCCCCGGACCCUGCAGGCCCCUGAGGGGGUCUUGGGGGAGGUUGGGACCGAAGAAGAGGAGGAUGCUGAAGAGGAUGAGGAAGGGGAGGAAGCCGGGGCAGAGGAGGAGGCAGCCGAGGAGAGCCGGCCAGGGCCCCGGGGCCCCAGCUCACCUUCCAGCCAGCCCCCUGGACCUCAACCCCAUGAAUGGACCUACGAGGAACAGUUCAAGCAGCUGUACGAGCUUGAUGCAGACCCCAAGAGGAAGGAAUUUCUGGAUGACCUGUUUAGCUUCAUGCAGAAGAGGGGGACGCCAGUGAACCGCGUGCCCAUCAUGGCGAAGCAGGUGCUGGACCUGUACGCGCUCUUUCGCCUGGUGACAGCCAAAGGCGGCCUGGUGGAAGUCAUCAACCGCAAGGUGUGGCGGGAGGUCACGCGUGGCCUCAGCCUGCCCACCACCAUCACGUCGGCAGCCUUCACUCUACGCACCCAGUACAUGAAGUACCUGUACCCGUACGAGUGCGAGACGCGGGCGCUCAGCUCCCCGGGGGAGCUCCAGGCAGCCAUCGACAGCAACCGGCGCGAGGGCCGUCGUCAGGCUUAUACCGCCGCCCCGCUCUACGGCUUAGCUGGGCCUACCUCUCGGGGAGCUCCGGGCCCUAUCUCGGGUCCUGGCACCGCCCCACCCACGCCCACGCCCAGCCCCCGCCCUGCCCAGGGCUCCGCCUCCGGCCUGCCGGCGCACGCCUGCGCGCAGCUGAGCCCGAGCCCCAUUAAGAAAGAGGACAGUGGAAUUCCAGCGCCUCGACUGGCACUGCCUGUGGGCCUGGCUUUAGGACCUGCAAGGGAGAAGUUGGCACCAGAGGAGCCCCCAGAGAAGAGGGCUGUGUUGAUGGGGCACAUGGACCCACCUCGACCUGGAGCUCCCCCCAGUUUCCUGCCCCGUGGCAAGGUUCCCCUGAGGGAAGAGCGGCUGGAUGGGCCUCUCAAUCUGGCGGGCAGUGGUAUCAGCAGUAUCAACAUGGCCCUAGAGAUCAACGGGGUGGUCUACACUGGUGUCCUCUUUGCCCGUCGCCAGCCUGUGCCAGCUUCCCAGGGCCCAACCAACCCUGCACCUCCACUCCCUACAGGGCCCCCUUCCAGCACCUCACCCUGAGAACUCCCACUUGGAAUUAAGAGUCCCAGCCCCAAUGCUGAGGGGGAGAAGAGACAUCCCCCCACACCUUGAUUCUUCCAGCAUGCCCACUCUAGGACCCUGGGAGAUGACCCCUCCCCCACACCAUGCCAUGUGGACUUGAAGCCAAAGAGUUUUCUUUUGAUGUUACAUCUACCUCAUUGUAAAGGGAGAACACCUCCUCCCUGGCAACCCCAGCAGCAUCUACCAAAGAGUUCUGCCCCCAGUAACCCCUAUCAUCUCCUCAUGUGCCUCCCUGUGUCAAUAUCAUCUUUAGGACCCUACCUCUUCAAAUCAGACCUGCGUCUCUUCAGAAGCCAUGUGAAGGGUUAGGUUGGGGUGUUGUGAAGG